UUCAUCAUUUCCCUGCGUCUUUAAAAUUCUUGACGAAUGAUAGUUACAAGUACCAUCAAUCCGGCGCUAAAAAUCGGCCUUCAGUGCCUCGGUUUGUGGCCAAAUGUGCCAUAUUCUACAAUUUAUUCGCUUCUUGUUAUGUCGAGCAUUCUAAUCGUACAAUACUUUCAAUAUCUAUAUGUGUUCUCUCAUUUUAAACUUAGCGAGCUUUCCAAUCUCGUGGACGGCUUAUCUUCGACUUUAGAGAGCAGUUUGAUGUUUAUUAAGGUGGUUAGUCUUUGGAAGUAUCGUCGCAUUUUCCAUCAACUCCUGGCCGCGAUGGAUAAUGAUUGGCGCGAGUGCAGCUACGUCGAUCAGCAUAUGAAUAUAAUGACAAUUAAUGCCGGUAUAUCGCAUUAUUUUUCCAAUGCUAUGUUGACUUUUAAUACAUUCGCUUCGGUAUUUUAUCUCUUGGGUGAUUACGCGAUUCGUUUUGUGUAUCUAACGAAAGAUUACAAUAACAGUUUGCGGCAAUUUCCUGUCAAAGCAGAAUUUCCUUUUGAAUCGGAGCAAUCGCCGAUCUUUGAAUUGCUCGUCUUAGCACUAUUUUUACAUGUGAUGUCGGACUCGUGUACAAUCGCUAUUGUAAAUGCAUUGAUUUUCAGUCUGGUGUUCCACGUAAGCGGUCAAAUCGAUAUUAUAUGUGAAGACUUCAAAACAAUUUCUAAAAGAAUUUAUGAUGACUCUUCCGCAUAUACAUUAUUAGGACCGUUAAUUGAAAGACAUAACAGAGUGAUUUUAUUUUCCGAACGAAUUGGGAAACUUUUUUCCUUUAUCGCAUUGAUGCAAGUUGCUGCGAAUACCUUAGUUAUCUGUUGCAUAGGAUUUGUUAUUACAAUUUCCAUUCAUAAUGAUGCCAGUGUCUUCGUGUUAAUAAAAGCUAUUUUAGCUUAUAUUGCUAUAGCGAUAGAGGCCUUUAUCAUUUGCUUUGCUGGGGAAUACCUCAGCUUUAAGAGUAAAUCUAUCUCUGAUGCAGCAUACGAAUCACUGUGGUAUAAUAUGCCAUCGAGUCAAGGUAAAGUUAUAUCGUUCAUGAUACUAAGAUCUCAGAAGCGACUAGUUAUCACAGCAGGGAAAAUCAUGAAUUUAUCCUUUGAAACUUAUGCAAGCGACACCCAGACGGAUAAUAAGCUAUCUCGAAUUGCUGUUAGACGCAGAGGACAUAAUUACGAUCGAUUGCCAUUCGGAUGGGAUUGCACGAGCGUUCGAGAAUGA